AUUCAUCGCGGGACAGCUGGCGGUAUUUCAAUCGUAUUGGAAGAGCGCUGUACAAAGAGAGAAGCACGAUAGCUCUCGCAUGGCGGCUUGCUAAGUUGCUAGGGCGCACGUUGGAAAGUUCUUAGGUCGCUCUCUCUUUCAGGUCUUCCGUCGUAAUCUCUCUCUCAAUCUUUCUUAGCUGGCCAAAUCUCUCUUCUUCUCCUGCAAUCUUUGGCUGAAGGUAAAGUUUAUGGUGAAAAAUCGAAGCUCCAGUGCUUGGAUCUAGAGCUUGCUGGCGAGGGAGCAUAGGCUCUUCACCAGGUUCCUUUCUUUGCCGUCCCUAAUCGUUCGCAUUGGAUCGAAACUUCGCCGCGUACGCUUGACGCGAGCAAGUUCCGGCGAGUGCUUCUGCUUUCUAUAAAGCCUGUUAUGGGUUCUAAGUCAGUGGAGGAACUGCUACAAAAUUCAACAGGGGUGCAUUUUUCUGGAUUCCACGUGGAUGAUUCAAAAAGAAGAAUUUCCGAAGAAAAGUUUGAUGCUGCUUCUGCAACUGAGAAUGGAUACAAAGAACCAUUUGUAAUAGGUGUUGCUGGUGGUGCGGCUUCUGGAAAGACUGCAGUUUGUGAUAUGAUCAUACAACAACUUCAUGAUCAACGAGUUGUCCUUGUUAAUCAGGAAUCAUUCUAUUUUGAUUUGACAGAAGAGGAGUUGAAUCAUGUACACGAGUAUAACUUUGACCAUCCAGAUGCCUUUGAUACUGAAAAUCUACUUUGCUGUAUGGAGAAGUUAAGGCAAGGGCUUUCUGUUGAUGUCCCAAACUAUGAUUUCAAAUCUCAUAAAAGAAAAUUGCCAGCAAGAAAGGUUAAUCCUUCUGUUGUUAUAAUUUUGGAAGGAAUUUUAAUAUUCCAUGAUCCACGAGUUCGAAAAAUGCUGAACAUGAAGAUAUUUGUUGAUACAGAUGCCGACGUAAGGUUAGCAAGGAGGAUAGGACGUGAUACUGUUGAGAAUGGAAGAGAUCUCAAGACAGUUUUGGAUCAGUACUCAAAAUUUGUUAAACCUGCAUUCGAUGACUUCAUACUCCCCACAAAAAAGUACGCUGAUAUUAUCAUUCCUCGUGGUGGAGAUAAUCAUGUCGCAAUUGACUUAAUUGUGGAGCAUAUCCGUACAAAACUCGGUCAACAUAAUCUCUGUAAAAUAUAUCCAAACCUGGAUGUCAUCCAGUCAACAUUCCAGAUCCGAGGUAUGCAUACGCUCAUUCGUGAUGCCAAAACAACCACACAUGACUUCAUAUUUUAUUCUGAUCGGCUGAUUCGCUUGGUUGUUGAAUAUGGUUUAGGCCAUCUCCCAUUUAAAGAAAAGCAAGUGAUUACACCAACAGGAUCUGUUUAUACAGGGGUUGAAUUCUGUAAAAGAUUAUGUGGUAUUUCCAUUGUGAGAAGUGGUGAAAGCAUGGAGAAUGCACUGCGGGCUUGUUGUAAAGGGAUCAAGAUCGGAAAAAUCCUUAUUCCCAGGGAAGGUGAUAAUGGUCAGCAGUUAAUUUAUCACAAUCUCCCAAAAGAUGUUGCAGAUAGGAAUGUGCUUCUUCUUGAUCCCAUACUAGGCACAGGGAACUCGGCUGUCCAAGCUAUUUCCUUGUUGUUAAAGAACGGAGUACAAGAAAGCAACAUAAUAUUCCUCAAUCUCAUUUCUGCUCCUCAAGGAGUGCAUGUUGUCUGCAAAAAAUUUCCAAGAAUCAAGAUAGUAACAUCUGAGAUAGAUUUUGGUUUAAACGAAGACUUCCGUGUCAUUCCGGGAAUGGGAGAAUUUGGAGAUAGGUACUUUGGAACAGAUGACGAUUAGGAGGCAAUGUUAUCAGUUAAAUUCACAAGGAACCAACCCAGUAAGUUCGCCCUCCAUGAAAAGUUCUUGUUCGAACACUAGCAAGGUUCCAAAAUAUGUUUGAAAUUGCAAACAUUGGAAGGGAGACCUAAUAUCUUCUGCAGGUAUUUGAAUAGUUUGUUAUGAAUGAACAAUGGUAGGAGUUUAGUCCUUCGGCACCAGUGACUUUUGGCAUUUUUAUGCUUAGAAUUUGAGACUUAGUAAAACUCGAGCAUGAUUGGACGUUUGAGUAAAAUAGUAAUUUGAGUAUUAUUAACGGUAGAGUUGAAAUGUAAUAGUUCAUUGUAACGUGCUCGAAUAUAAUUAACUGGUGUUGAUUCCUUGUCUAUCGUAUGCAAUUAUGUUAAUUCA